UUUUCGCUAGAAUUAUUGUCACGUGGACAACCCGUUUCCUUUUCGGAUCCUCCCUUGAUUACAUAAACACCCAACCCGUAUCUCACGAUCUAUAAUAAUCUCUCUCAAUCAAACCCAGAUCUCUGUCAAUCCGCUACAUCAAUCAUCAAUCGAUGUAUAUAUUCUUUCUAUUUGAUCAAUUCUCUCUCGAUUGAGCCCUCUUUUGUUUCUCGCCGUGAAUUAGUCACGAUUCUAGGGUUAGGGUUUGAUUUUUUUCCGAUUUAGAUCUUAAUAGCCUUGAAAUCUUUCGAUCGGUUAUGUUUAUUUGAUGGGUAUAGGGUUAAUUUGUGUUCUAUUCGGCUACUUUAAAGAAAGUUGUGAGCUUUGACUUUUGAUUUUUUUUAGGGUUUGUGAAGGUGGUCUGAAGCCUUUUGAUUUGUUAAUUGAUUGAGGGUUUCGGCCAAAAUGGGACAGAAACGCUCUUUUGAUGAGGAGGGUUUACAGGAAUUGUUCUUUAAGCACCCAAAACAACUUAACUACACUGAGCAUGCAACCUCACCACCAGAAACUAAUCAUCCUUAUGGCGCUUCUCAGAAAGCUGACAUUCCAGGUGAUGUUCUAGUAAACGUUUCUGGUUCUCACUCCAAAGAUAAUGUUAGUAAUGCUCAAUCAGAAUUUAACGACAAGGAGUUCAAGCCGAGGGCUCCUGGUUCAUGGGGGAUCAGUAGUACUAUGGAGGAAGAUAUGGGAUCGCGGACAGUGUUGUACUCAUCUGUUUUUCCGGAAUUAUUCGAAUUCAGUUUCCCAAGGCGCAGUGUUAUUCAGUUUGAGGAUACAUACUCAUCUUUGUUGAAUUCUGCUCCGAGAAAAGAAGUUCCUAUUGGACCAGAUCAUCAAGCUGAUGUCCCAGUAUGGGACCCCACGCUUGCUGAAAACUAUUCCAUUGGUUUUACUGACGUCAAUACUGACUACACCAGAAAGCCAUUUGUGGGAUCUUCUGUCAUUCCUAUGCCUGAGCUGGAAUCUUCAGAUGUCCUUGGUAAGACUAUAGGUAAAAAGCUGGAGUGCAGCUGUUUGGAUGGUGGCUCUGUUAGAUGUGUGCAGCAGCAUGUGAAUGAAGCACGAGAAGAGUUAAAAGAAGCGAUUGGACUUGGGAAAUUCGUGGAUUUGGGGUUCCUCGAGAUGGGGGAGGAGGUAGCAUAUAGAUGGACUGAAGAAGAAGAACAAAUGUUUCAUGAGGUGGUUUACUCCAAUCCAGUGUCACAUGGAAGAAAUUUCUGGGUGCAUUUGUCUUUGGCAUUUCCUACUCGAAGUAAGAAAGAACUUGUCAGUUAUUAUUUUAAUGUGUUUAUGCUUCGAAGGCGGGCUGCUCAGAACAGGUCGAGCUGGUUGGACAUUGACAGUGACGAUGAUGAGUGGAGGCAAGUUGGAGGACCCUUUGGGAUGGAAAGAGAAGAUGAAAAAUUAGCAGCUAUAUCUUUUGAUCAAGAUGUGCGAGUUGACCAUGGAGAUGAUUCCCAAAAUGAAUAUGACGAUGACAGCAGCAGCGAUGGUAAUGGCGAUGAUAAUGAUGACGGUGAUGAACAUGACAUUGAUGACAAUGGUGAUGAUAGACUGCAAUUUGGUGAGCCGGAUGCUACCGAUAAUAUGGAGGGAAGAUAUCACUCCUCGAAGGGGAAGAGUGAAUAUUCUCUGGAUGAUCACAGGGUUGAUCACAUACCUCAUAACUUGGCUAAAUCUCUUGGAAGCUUUAACAAGGAGUUACUGGAUGUCCGAGAGGACUCAUGCGAGUCCAUACAGCCUUGUGUGACCGGCUCCGAUCAUCCAAGUGAUGAGAGGGUGCCUUUACAAGGAACCAUGGUCAACAGUGCUGGUGAAAAAAUAUUAGAUGAGAUCGGUCAUGGCUCUACUGAUAAGUUUGGCCCUCAGUAUGCAUUGGAGUCCUGUGAAUCCAAGGUUUGGGAUGUAACAUAUCCAGUUGGUCUCAUGACAUCUUUUGAUCUGCUACCCACAUGCAACAUGAUGGAAGAGAUAUUCGGACCAUGCAAUUGGAACAAGUCCAGCAACGACAAAAGCGUUAGCUAGUGGCUUCCAUAAAUUAUUUGGCACAUGUAAGCUUGCAUACUUUCUUGCCUUCAUCUUCACUGCAUCAAAAGCGAAAACUGUUUUGAGUUGCUUCAAAAGGAUGGUCAAAUUUUCUGUAGAUGUAUGUUCAAUGUGCUUCUGAAUCUAGUGGACUAUUAGUGCAAGACAACCCUUAUGAUUAGAGAACAGAACACUCGUGUAAGAAACUAUAGCAGACUGGGGAGGUCAUUUUUACAUUGUUUUCAUAUAUUUAUUUAAAUGAACUUUUUCCCUUUACAA